AGAACGCGGCUGACGUACGUGUCCGCGGCGGUUGUCGGCGCCGGCACCGUGGUCGUCUUCUUUUGGUGGUGGUGGACCAAAAGGCAGAAGGAACGGCCCCCAUCGGAAUGGCGGAAGGUCGGCGAGUUGAGCGACCUGGUCGUAUACCCGGUCAAGUCGCUUGGUCCUGUUCGAUUGAACUCGCUCGAGUGCACGAAAUUGGGCCUCAAGUCCGGUUGGCUGAGAGACCGAACUUUGGUGGUCAUCGACCUGAACGGACAUUUCGUUACCGCCAGACAAUGGCCAAAAAUGGUCCAGGUGAUACCUAGCGUCUCUGGAUCGAUCCUCACGCUAUCUGCCUCGGGAAUGAUGUCCAUAUCUAUCGAUUUAUCGCAAGUCAAGGAAACGAAAAGAUUCCGUGUGGCAGUCUGGGGUCAGCCUGUAUUCGCCUGCGAUUGCGGCGAGGAAGUUGCCCGAUGGUUGUCCCGGUUUAUUCUUCAGGAAGACACUGGAUUCAGAUUGGUUUAUUAUCCUUUGCAGCAUCCAACAAGAGAAAUUAGAUCGAGGCUCAAGAUAUUCCCGAUGACAGCUGACGAUACUGGCGCCUAUCCAGAUGCCACUAGUUACUGCUUAAUAAAUGAAGGUUCGGUAACUGAACUGAACACUCGGUUGGAAGAUCCGAUCACGGCAGAUCGAUUUCGACCAAACUUCGUGGUCAAAGGCCCUACUGCGUACGAGGAGGACUGCUGGGGUUGGAUAAAGAUAAGCGAUGUCGUAUUCAAGACUAUAUUGCCUUGUACAAGAUGUAUCCUAACUACUGUCGAUUCAGAGACUGGCAAAAAGAACCCAAAGGCUGAGCCUUUGAAGACCCUGAAAAGACAAAUAACGGAUCCAGUUGUUCGUCCACUGGUCGGCGAGAGUCCAGUAAUGGGAAUCCAUCUGGGAUUGAGAGGUUCCAACGGUACCGUGCGAUUAGGCGAUCCAGUUUACGUCGGUCUACCGGAGGAACAACCGCUCAGCUCCACGUCCAGCUUCAGCGCUCCCGACACUACUUGGUGCUUUUGCAUCCUGAAUCCUACUUGCGGCUACGAUCCAUCGAUCUUGCUGCUACGAUCCUUACGUGCGCUCCUUCGGCUCGUGGCAUUGUUUAUGUCACAUUGUGACAUCUUUACAGGCUGUCCAUACGCUUGGAACGUCUUUUUAUUUUGUAUUUUGUUCUCUUCAACGAAACAUCUCGCGAGGUAGUUUCAAAACAUGGAGACUUGGAAAUCUCGACGGAUCGGGAAGUUCGUCGCUGUAUGGACAACCUACAAGAGGUGCAUUGAAUCUAGAGACAUAUUUACCAAGAUCCAAAGACAGAAUAACAUUACAUGUGAUAAUUACAAUCAGCAUGACGCACGCUCGGUCCAUAUACUUACUCUCCUGUACUCGCCGGUGUCGGAGGAAAACGUACGUCACGCACUGUGCUAUCAAUUUACAAAUGCACUACUGGAAAAAUACGUACAAAGGCCAGACGAGAGUCUCGUUCCGCGCACGAGAAUCUUAUCGUCCUCAUAUGCAUAUUCAGCACAUCUCGUCAGGAGAUAUAUUCGGAAUGAAAAGUGAAACUCGCGGACUCGUCUGACUGCGCGUCGCAUUUGGUGCAGCGUUCCAGCAGCUACAGCUGACCAACGUCAACGAUAUACAACGAUAUACAAUAUGUACGUGUGUGCAAUGGUACAAGGUGACAACAACGAGAGAAUCGGCAAUCGAUCAAUGGCUGCCCUGAGAUUCCGAGGAUGUCCAUCAGCCAGUUGCUUCGCCGAACUACUUCGUCUUUAGACGCUGGCCGGGUGGAACGAUUGGAUAAAAAAACGAUGGAUGGACGAAGGAUUUUCAGAUACCGUUUGAUACUUGUCCAAUAUCGGAGAAAAGGAUCGACGAAAAUUAGCGGGAAGAGAUGUGGCGAUGAUCGGUGUUAAAUGGCGUUCG